AUGCCAGGAAGUGCGCGCUGCGUGCGCCUGGCCUGUGGUGCUAAGCACACGCUCUUCCUCACAGCAACCGGGCAGCUAUACGGCUGCGGACAGAACGCGCAGCGACAGCUCAGCAGUGCUGUGUCUGGCUGCGUGACCACCACGGAGCUUCCUUUCAGCCACGAAAACGGCCUGCCGGUCGAUAUCUUCUGCCACCCCAGUCUGAACGUUUCAGUGGUGCUGACCAAGGAGAACAGGUUCUUCAUCUGCGGCGAAGCCGGCAGUCUUUUUCACACAGCCGGGCUGAUUGAGCAUUUCCUGCCAUACGACAGGGAUGCGAUCAUGAUCGAGAACCGCAUCGUGUGCAUGAAGCACAGCACUAGCCAGGUGUACAUACCGGGGUUCAACGAUCCCAAGGUCGGCACAGUUGAGCUGGUUGCAGCGCAGGAGGCCGAGGAGCCCGAACCCGAUGGAGCUUAUGCUUGUCGGCUGCUGGAACGGCAUUUAGCCGUGGACAGCCUGCGGCGCUUGACUCAUCAAGCACUGGAGGGGGGCUCUUUGACACCACAAGAUGUGAUCAAGGAGUACGCCGGCUCGGAGCUGUUUUUCUUGAUCACGCAGAAUGCCAAGAUUGGUUCGCUCAUUCAGGCCACAGCCUCUGCGCCGAACUCCGGCGACACGGCAGACUUAGGAGGUCUGGCCAGAGGUGAGCGCACCUAUGACGUCCAGGUGAUCUUCGGAGAUCGGCGGGCAGAGCAUUACAGAGCAAUCGCACGGUCUCUCAUCGAAGUGGUGGCGCAGAAAUCUUCGAAGCCCAUCCUAUUAGGCAUCCAACUCAAGGAGCACAACGUCCAAGUCUUUAGGGCGAUUCUGCAGCAGCUCCGCGACAAGGUCGGUCCUGUCGUGGCGGUAGAGGAGGUGGAUGAGUUCGCGGAUUUUGAGGGGCGGGGCUCGUCAGGUUUGCACAGCCAGACGUUAGCAGAGUCCAGGGCCGCUAAGAAGUUCGACUCGCCUACCUUCUCUGUGCAUGUGGGCUUGGAUACCAUCAAGGUCCGCUCUCAGUACUUGUGGAGGCUUCUGGAGAGCCCUUGCAAGGGCAACGUCACCCGGCACGAGGACCGGCAUUUGAGCUCGUGGUCGGGCAUAGGGCAUCCCACUCGACUCCUGUUCAGCAACAUGUUCGAUCUGGCGUGCACCAACAUCCUGACCCUGCACGCUGUUGCCUUACAACCUUUCGUGCUGAACAGUCGCACCUGGGGCUUUGCGUGGAUGGCUAGCGGAGUUUCGCACACGCAAGAGAGGAUGAGUAGGCAUGAGCGUGUCAGUGCACAUGCUGAUAAAUUCAAGCAGCAGAACCAGGACCGUGACGCUGCAAGCAUGAUUUGCUGUCAGGGGUGCUGUCAACUGAACCUCGACAUACCAAGCCGCAGGUAA